AUGACCUGUCAAUUUAAUCCAGCCGAUGUGUUUUUUUAUGGUCCUCAGGCAAUGCCAGCUGAAUUACGAGCAGGAAGGCCACAAUCUGAAAAAAUGCAAGCUCAAAAUAACAGUGGAGGGAGCGGCCAACGAGAAGAACGUGACGCACCGCGAGAGUCUGGUCUCUUGAGCUAUUUCCUUCGUGUUCCCACUGAGCUACUUCUCAAUACUGAUCAAUCAUCUGACUAUGCACCCUACGACGAGUAUGAAGAAAGUGAGGACUAUUCUGGCGCUGUGUAUGAGCAAGAAAUUGAUGCGGAAACAGCGUUUAGUGAACAUUUUCGCCAGCGCUUCAGUGAGUUAUCUUUAUUUUCCUCAUUUUCUACUUUACUGUAA